CGAACAUGUGGGUUCGUGAGUGUCGAGUCCGUGCAACCUUUGAGCGUGAAUCUUGAAUCAUCAUCGUCCUCAGCAAAAGCCUAUGUGAAGACUUGCUUCUGCCCCUCACCAACACGUCUUGACGCAUCGCCAAGCUCAGACUGUAUACCACAUCGCUGCUCCCCGUACGUCUUGCCCGACUCGAGCGAACUCGUCGGCUGGGACGCAUCCCGCCGCGCGAAAGCGGAUCCAUCGAGGUGAAGUUGGAUGCUAUAAAGAUUGUGUGCCGAAAGCUGUCUGCGCCAUUCUCUUCUUCCGCCCUCCUACGAGGCAGUCCGAUCACACACAAACAUACACACUGUAGUCCUCAAGAUGGUCGGUCGCACACUGGACCCGCCUUCGUCGCAGGCCGCCAAAACAGUAGCCAAAAAGUGCUCCGAUCUGGCUGCGGCGCACGACAGCCACGCAGAGGAGAUCGACGGCCUGCGUGCGACUGCCCUCGAACAGCUUCCGGACGCUAUUGCUGAGGAGCUGCAGCUGGGCGAUGAUGCCAGGGAGGAGGUGCGUCGUUUUCUAAGCGAUCGAGCGACUCUGUUCCGCUUCUUUCGUCGGGCCCGCUUCUCGCAGGAAGGCGCCCUCUCUCUGCUCACAGGAUCGCUUCUUUGGCGGAUACGAACAGACCUGCCAGCGUUGAAUCUGUCUUCGCUGCAUCCCAUCUUCGUCGCCCCUCCUGCAGGAAGGCCGCCGCUGUUCUGGGCCAAUACGCGCUUCAGGGACAGAUACAGGAGACCAUGCGGCGUCAUCAAUCUGCGCUCCCUGGAACGUGCCGACGUGGAUGGUCUGAACGAGGUCCGGGAGUACAUUGUUGCUUGCAUGGAGUGCAUUCGCAGGCAGCUCGCAGAGGACUAUGCGCGCUACAGACAAGAUCGAAAGGGCAAGGGGAACCGCAAUGCGCUGCAAAUCGCCAGAAAUCAGCAGGAAAUUGAUGAUGGACUUGCGGUUCCUGAGGCCUUACCGCCACUUCAAAUGGUCAUCGCCAUCUCCCUCAAAUCGAGUGGCAUUGCAAAUUUGGAGAUGGAGCUGCUGCCCUUCCUGUUGGACCUGCUCAAGAAUCAUUUUCCUGGCAUGGUCGGCGCGAUCUACAUGAUGCACUAUGGCUGGGUGCACAGCGGCAUGUGGGGCCUUGCCAAGCGAGUCCUUCCGAAAGAAGCCCUCGCUCGCAUCUUCUUUCCCAGCAACGCCGAAAUGGCAGCUGAGCAUUUCGAGCCAGACCACCUCUUGACCGAAUGGGGAGGAGAUUGGGAUGUGAAAAUGACGGACGAGACGAACGACAUUAUGAUCAGGCAUGCUCGACCAGCACGUUCGGGCAGGCAGAGUCAGCCUUCCAGCUUGCCGGGUAGCCCCACCGAGAAAGAUCAAAGCGCAAGGCCGACUUUGAGUCGCACUGGCAGCUUCGAAAGCGUGUUGGACGAGUAUCACAGCUUUGCGCCUUCCCCCUGGGCUUCUCGCGUCGCAACGCCCAGAGCUUCAGCGCCUGCCACUCCCCGUGAGGAUUGGAGCCACGAUCACCCCUUUCCCUCCGCCUCGGCUGCUGCUGGAAGUGGUAGUCCGGUGAUCCGCUCUUUGCAGCUCACCCCGGUGGCUGCCCGCAAGCUUCAUCACCUUCAAAUGACUCGGGGCGUCCCUGACGAAGACAGCUCUGCAACACCCAGAGCUCGCAAGCGCGCCACGUCCGACCCACGAAAAGGCGGCCCCGCUGACCAAAGGCAGUCAUCAUCAGCAAGCGCUUCGGGUGCGGCGACGCCGUCACAAUCUGCUACCCGCAGCCCCACUCAUCGCCGGCCACGCGUGCGAUCCACUGCCAGUGUGACCCCUGGUAUGGGCGCAGCGGCAUCGGCAAUGACUGGUCGCAGACGUGACCGCAAUGUCCACUUUCACGCCUCGCCGUCCAUCUCUCCAGCUGUCACGAGGGACCACUCGCCUGUACGUCGCGUGGGCUCCUUGCGCGACUUUCGACUUUCUUUGCCGCAGCAUGUACCCGGCACUGGGGUGGACCCUCUCCAUGCGCGCCGCGGUGGCAGCGGUAGUGAAGGAGAAGACAGCGACCACAGCGCAGCCAGCGGCAAAGUAGGCGAGAAGCUCGGACGCGGUAGGAGACAGACUCCCACCCAGACUCGAAAGGACCCGUCUUCUUCGGCUCUUGGCUUCUUCGCUAGGUGGAGAUCAGGUAGUCGCGGAUCAGCGAGCACGUCGGGAGACCAAGAGAAGGCGUAUAGAGAGUCUCUGCGAGCUCAACAAGCUGCUCAAUCCCAGGUCACCAGUCCUGUGAUCGACGAGACGGAUGCUCGGGAGAUGACCGAAGCGGAGAGGCAUCAAUCCCAAGAGAUUGACACGCCACCGCAAUCAGCCAUCGACGAGGCCUUGCAGAACGAGCCCGGGUCACCUCGAUUGCAAGUGCCUUUCAUCGAAGAGCCGCCGCUGAGCGCAGGUCUGAGUGGACCAGCACGUUACUUGUCGCGGCGUUCUCGAAGAGCCCAAAAUUUGCCAGGUCACGUCUCGCCAUACAAUGCCAGCAACCCGUUCUGGGGCUACCCAGCAUACACUUCCAGCAGUGGGGAUGGCGAAGACUCCCGCUUCAGCUUGCACCAGAUGCACCCGCAGCACAUGCAUGUCCGUCGAAGAAAACGAGACCUUCUGCGGACACUUUCGUACCUCUUCGUCCUUCGACUGCUAUCAAGCCAUCGCUCGAUACGCGCACAAAUCAUCUAUCUAUGGCGAAGCUUUGCGCGAGCUGUCAGUGUUGGAGGAGAUGCGGACGGCGACGGAGGAGACAAGCGAUGGCGGGAAGCCGAGGAUCGCUACAAGCGCCUACGCAGCGCUAGCCGUCACGGCGAAGCGCAACAGCUCGCGAGGCAGGAACGAGCGCGUCUGGAGGCUGAACGGAAACGAUUGCAGGGGCAGCCUCUGGCGAGGUUAGGUAUCCAGCGCCGGUACCUUGUCUUCAUCUUGCUGCUUGCGCUCCUUCGCCAGGAUAUUCGAGCAAGAACGCUCAACGGAGUCAAGGGUACGACGGAAAGCGUCAAAGGCUUCUUGGCUGUGACUGCUGGUCGAGUUGUGCUCGGGCUUCAAGCUGGCGCGCAUGCCGAGCCGGACACGGCAGCGGCUGCAGUGUCCUCUGCUACUUCCCUAACCGGUCUGCACCUUCGCCAGAGACUUGGACUAGGAUCGCAUUCUGAGCAGUCCUAGCGACGUGCAGUGCGGACGAGUGGGAUGGACGCUAGGUCAUGGGUGGAUCAGCGGCUACGCGCAGUCAUCAUGUCUCUAUACUCCUGAUUCCAUUUCGAAUCGCCAUUUGUAUUGCCUAUCAACUUCCACG